ACUCGAGUCAGUUUCGUGUAAUUUUGUGGAAGAAGUAGUCAAUUAUUUGACGAUGAAAGUAAUUCUUUUGAUGGUGUCCACCCUAGUGGUGGCCAUCCAGGCCGAGACGAAGAUCUGUACGACCGAUCCCAGGUGUACUACGGAUAAGCUCAACCAAAAACUCCUGCCACACACCGAAUGUGGUCAAUUCCUGAGGUGUGAAAGCGGCAAGGCCUGCCUGUACAACUGCCCUACCGGAUUACACUUCAACACUGCGACAGGAUCGUGCGAUUGGCCACACCAAGCCUGCUGUGACCCCAAGCAGCCCUGUGUUCAGGAAUCGCUGCCUCCUUCGAUUAGUGUCCCAGCUCCGUCACCGGUUCUGAUGCCGCCGUCAACGGAUGUCGUUGUUCCACCGCAACCCCCAUCGUUCCCACCUUCUCCUUCGUUCCCACCAUCCCCGUCAUUCCCACCUGCACCUUCGUUCCCACCAUCCCCGUCAAUCCCAAUUCCCCAACCUCCCUCCUUCCCACCUUCCCCGUCAAUUCCUCAACCCCCGUCGUUCCCACCCUCUCCUUCCGUUCCCAUCCCGCAACCACCCUCAUUCCCACCUUCUCCGUCCAUUCCAAUUCCCCAGCCUCCUUCGUUCCCACCUUCCCCCUCAAUGCCCGUCCCACAGGCUCCCUCAUUCCAACAGUCUCCCGCGUUUCAGUAUCCGUCAAACAACUGCAUUGGAUGGAUUUGCGGGUAGAGCGGAUCCUAGUUCUCAAGUCCAACAGUUGAGAACAAUAGAGUAAAGUGUCAAAAAUAGUGUAACGUAGUUAGAGAAUGCUUCCACACGAAAAAAAAGCGCAUGAAUAAACUUUGAAUCGUUUGAAAUACAAACAA